AUGUCAUCGGUAUUGGAAUGGUUCUCUCAAAAUGCUGAUGUCAAGGUGAAUAAGGCAUUGAGUGUGGAAAAAUCGGCAAUCAAUGACCCAUCAAGUGGGUAUGGUUUGUUUGCUGACUUAAAAUUGAUCGAUCGUAUACCUCAAGAAACGACAGUUGAACUCUUAAGAAUCCCACGUUUUGCAAAAUUUGAUUUAAAUUCGUUAAUGGCCUUGUUGAAUGAUGAUGGCCAAUAUACCUCCAAUGAAAACAAGGAAUCAUUACAGAAACUGGUGAAAAGUGUAUUUUCAGAAUUUAUGCAACUGGACAAUUUGGGCGAUAUUUUAAGCGAAACAACCAUUCUGGUGUUUUACUUCACUUUAUUUGCACUGCUGAGAGAUCAGUUCGAACUACCCAGAGUGAUUGGUUUCUACUUGGAAAAUGUCUUGUUAAGAACAAAAGUGGACAGCGGUGUGAUGAGCUACGAUCCUGAGAAAGAUUCGUAUGGCCAACGCCCGCACUUCCUGGCUUUCAACUAUUCAUUACAAACUUUGGGAUCAUUCUUUGAGAAAACUGUUGCAAGCUCACCACCGGUGGAGCCUUUACUGAAGCAGGUCUACGCUGCUGUUUCAUCUCGUUGUUUGGAGAUACCAGAGGAGGUUAAUACGGGAAGCGAUGACUUCGUAGUUAACACUACGUUGGUGCCAGCAUUGGACUAUGCAAACCACGAUAAUGAGAUGCAAAAUGCCCAUUUCGAUGUCGAUCGUGAAACUGGAGACGUGCUAUUACUCUUGGAUAUGAAUCGACUUCCAACGGAGAAGAAGAAAUUCGAGGUUUUAAUCAGUUAUUCACCAGACGAAGAUCCAGCAUCUUUCAUGUUUUUCUAUGGAUUCAUUCCAUCAAGUGCCGGCGCACCGAAACAGACAAACUGA